CCGGGUGUUUCCCCUCCUCUUCUUCCUCCUCUCAUCACGUUCCUCCUCCCGUCACGUUCCUCAUCCUUCGUGGUUCGUUGAGCAUUCUCAUUACCCGCGUCUUUCCCCACCCGUCACCUUCCUCUCCUCCUCCCAUCAUCACAUCCAUGGCACCCGCGCCCACCACCGCGACUAGGGCGCCUGCCUCCGCGACCGCGACCAGGGCGCCUGCCUCCGCGACCGCGUCUCUACCCUCCACAACGGACGCGCACCGCCAGCCCACCGACGCGUACCGCCAGCCCAUUGACGCGCACUUCCACGACGCCUCCGUCGACGCGCACGUCCAAGACGCUACCGCCGACCCGCACAACCUCGACGAAGUCGUGGGCCGCCUCGAGCGUCUCGCGAUGGCGAUGCGUGGGCGGGAUAUGCGUGCGCCGUUCGCGCAGUCUCCCGCGCGUGAUUUCUGCGGCGAUGCGUCGACCUUCAACCAAACCCCCGCGUCAGCGUUCGCUCAGUCCCCCGCGUCGACAUUCGCGCACACCGUCUACGAAGAGGACGCGGACGAGCCGACCGUAAUCGACACGUUCUCGCCGAGGCCUAUGCAUCGGGAGCCGUCUUCCACUGCCCAACCUCCCCGCUUGAACACCGCGACUGCGCCGAAGCACUCGAUCUCGGAACACUCUCCGACGUCGACAUCCUCCUCGUCUUCUUCCCUGGGGGUCUUGGACUCUAGGAGUUCACUUGGGCCCUUGGAUUCUAGGAGUGCGGUGGAGGCGUUCCUCGCGACUAGGUCGCGCGUAGUGAGGGUCAGCGCGCUCGCGGGCUUGUCGGGGCUGGGCGAGCUGGCGCCGAGGCCGCAGUCGGUGUGGACGCAUGAGGGGACCAAGGAUGGUUCUGUCUGGGCGGUGUUCAGGACGCAUGAGGAGGCUCGUGCGCUCCUCGCCGCCGCGCCGUCCCAUAUUGCAGUCUUCCCCGCGCUGGAGGGCGAUCUGGAGCCGUUCAGCAAGUUGAGGCGGGUGGAGGUUGGGAUGACGCCCCCGACUAUGUCCGUGCCGCCGUCGCCGUACGGCGCGUCGUUCGGCGCGCAAGGCCAGACGACGUACUCGACGCAUGCGCCGUCCUCGACCUACGCAAAUAACGGGCAGUCCUACGCUGAUCGCGCGCCCUCGUCUUACGCCGACCACUCGGCCCACGCCUCACAGGGCCAGCGCCCGGGCCUCGUCCUCAAUACCGCCGUCGCAGCGCAACGUGAGCCGAUCCAGGCGUACGCGUCCCAACGCGAGUUGGCGCAAUUUGCCGGCCAGCGCGAGCAGUACGCUCAGCGCGACUCAGCGCAACACACGUCGCAACGCGACAACUACGCGCCCGCGAACGACCCUGCGCAGUCGUACGCAAUCUCGAGCAACCCGCCGAACCCGCGGACCAGCUUCAGGCUGGGCGACUGGAUAUGCAGCGCAGCAAAAUGCGGGGCACACAACUUUGGUCGCAACGUCGCGUGCAUUGGCUGUGGUACCCCUCGGGUUGGGAACGGUCUGGCACCGUCCCCGACUCAGGGUCACUUCAUGUCGGCGCGCCCCGUCCCCUCGCCCCGCUUCGCCGCGUCCUUCUCCGCCCAGCAGCAGCAGCACGCGUCCGCCUUCGCCGGCAACUCGCCUAUGCCGCAACACCAGCCUUCGCAGCCGCAGAACAAGCCGAAUCACCCGCUGCUGACGCCGUCGGGUCGCUCGUUCGCGGUCGGCGGGAGCGUCAAAAAUAUUUCGAGUGACCCGCUGUCGCCAUGCUUCAUGUUCUGGCCAGAUAACGAGCCGUUCCCGGAGCAGGGGCAGAUUCGCCCGAGCCAUCUGUCGGGGGUGCCGCCUCCUAUUCUGAACACGGGGAAUCGGGGACCGAUCACACAUCAACCUGGCGAUUGGAUCUGCAAAAAGUGCAACUACCUCAACUGGAGAAGGAGGAAAGUUUGCCAGACCUGCUUGCCUUACGCAGAAGGCAAUGGCGACUCGAUCUCCGCUGCUGUUCAGGCCGAGCGCAUCGCGCUGUUGACAAACGUCCUUACGCAGACGAACAGCCAGCCGUCAUCCGCCAAUGGCCUCUCGCCGCAAUCGAGCGCCUUCUCGCCUUCGGCGCAGGCCUUUCCCAUGCAACAGCACAACACCAUGCCCCAGCAGCAGCAGCAGCCCAUGCCCCUUAGCGUGCGCUCGCAGUCGAUGACGCCUCCCCAGGCGCGCCGUCCGUUCAUGAGCUCGGUAUCGCCUCCGCUGCCGCAGGGCCGCGGCGCGGUGCACCGCUCGAAGUCGCACUUUGACCUCGGCUCGUACGGCGCUAUGGGCCCCGGGCCUGUUCCCCCGAUGCCGAAGCACGCAGCGACGUUGCCGUCCGGGUAUGCUGUUGGGCACGGCGCCAUGACCGCGGGACACGCGGGUAUCUCGAGGCAGGGCUCGCCGUCGUUCCUGGCGAUGCAGGAGGCGUACAUGCAGCCGCCGACGCCGUCGUAUAUGCAGGCCGCGACCACCUUCAAGCAGCCGACGACGCCGUCCUUCAUGCAGUCGCCCACGCCGUUCAUGCCGAUCCCGGAGUCCGCGUCUGUGCCGCUGUUGCCAUCGUUCCUUCAGGACAUGGUCCAGCCGUCGCCGAGCCUUUCGCCGUCGUCGACGUCCUCGUCCGCGGAGCUACCGUUUGAGGAACAGAUGGAGUCUGCGGGCUCGUCGCGGUCGUCGUCGAGGCAUAGGCCCAGGGGCAAGGUGUCGACGGAGGGGUUGGGGAGCAUUUGGCGCUUGGAUCGGAAGGAGAGUCGCUCGAUGUUCAACCCGUUUGGCCCUGAGGCCAUUGGGUGGCAACGGUCGCAGAGCCGCGAGCGGGUGCGGGCGGCCAGUCAGGAGGCAGCGCAUGCGGCGACGCUCGAGAGCUUGCCGGCGACUAUGGAGAGGCUGAAUAUAUAAAUAAGACGAUGACGAUGCGGCUGCACGUCCA